AUGGUUCAAGCUUCCGAGGUUCUCAAGGGAAAGACUGGUGUCAUCUACGGUGACGAUGUCUACAACCUCUUCAAGCACGCACAAUCCGAGGGAUACGCCAUCCCCGCGAUCAACGUGACUUCCUCCUCCACCGUCGUCGCAUCCCUCGAGGCUGCCCGCGAUGCCAAGUCUCCCAUCAUCCUCCAGAUGAGCCAGGGUGGUGCCGCAUACUUCGCCGGAAAGGGCGUCGACAACAAGGACCAGAGCGCUUCCAUCCAGGGAGCCAUCGCCGGUGCUCACUACAUCCGCGCAAUUGCGCCCGCAUACGGUAUCCCCGUUGUUCUCCACACCGACCACUGCGCCAAGAAGCUUCUGCCCUGGUUGGACGGCAUGCUCGACGAGGACGAGAAGUUUUUCAAGGCAAAUGGCGUACCGCUGUUCAGCUCCCACAUGAUUGAUCUCUCAGAGGAGAGCAAGGAGGAGAACAUUGAGACCACCAAGAAGUACCUCCAGCGCGCUGCUCCCAUGAAGCAAUUCUUGGAGAUGGAGAUCGGAAUCACCGGUGGUGAAGAGGAUGGUGUCAACAACGAGGAUGUUGACAACAACUCGCUCUACACCCAGCCUGAAGACAUUUUUGACAUCUACAAGACCUUGAGCGAGGUCUCCCAGUACUUCUCGAUCGCCGCUGGCUUCGGUAACGUCCAUGGUGUUUACAAGCCUGGUAACGUCAAGCUCCGCCCCGAAUUGCUCCAGAAGCACCAGCAGUUCGUCAAGGAGCAAGUCAAGAGCAAGGACGACAAGCCCGUCUUCCUCGUCUUCCACGGUGGCAGCGGCAGCUCUGUCGAUGACUUCCGUCAGGCGAUCUCAUACGGUGUCGUCAAGGUCAACCUCGACACCGAUAUGCAAUGGGCCUACUUGUCGGGUGUUCGCGACUACGUCCUUAACAAGAAGGACUACCUCCUCACUCAAGUUGGUAACCCAGACGGCGAGGACAAGCCCAACAAGAAGUUCUACGACCCGAGGGUGUGGGUACGCGAGGGUGAGAAGACCAUGAGCCAGAGGCUCAAGGUUGCUCUCGAUGACUUCUACACUGCUGGCAAGGCCUAA